AUGGGCGGCUUCGACUUCUCCAACCACAACCGCAAUGCGGCUCUCCACGCCCAGGGCAUCCCGCUGCCCAAGGCGACCAGCACAGGAACGACCAUUGUGGGCUGUCUCUUCAACGGCGGCGUAGUCAUCGCAGCAGACACACGAGCUACCAGCGGUCCCAUUGUAGCAGACAAGAACUGCGAGAAACUCCACUACAUAUCCCCUCACAUCUGGUGCGCGGGUGCCGGUACCGCCGCCGACACCGAGUUCACCACCGCCAUCAUCUCCUCGAACCUCGAACUGCACGCCCUCUCCACCGGCCGCAAGCCCCGCGUCGUUACCUGCAUGACCAUGUUGAAGCAGCACCUGUUCCGCCACCAGGGUCACAUUGGCGCCUACCUCGUCAUUGCGGGUGUUGACCCCACCGGUGCGCAUCUCUUCACCGUCCACGCCCACGGUUCCACCGACAAGCUGCCGUACGUCACCAUGGGCUCAGGUUCAUUGGCCGCCAUGUCCGUCUUCGAGACACAGUGGAAGUCCGAUCUAUCGCGGGAGGAUGCCGUCACACUAUGCGCAAACGCCAUCGAGGCGGGUAUCUGGAACGAUCUGGGUUCCGGUAGCAACGUGGACGUAGCGGUCAUCACAGAGGACAAGACCACUUUGAUGAGGAACUACAAGACACCAAACACCAGGCAGCCCAAGCAGAGGAACUACAGGUUCCAACGGGGAACUACUGCAGUGCUGAACGAGAAGAUCAUCACCAAGGAGGAGAUCAGCAAGUACGUGACCGUACACGAGCUCAAGGAUGGUGAUGUGGCCGGCACAGCAGAGACGAUGGAUAUAGACUCAUAG